GUUUUUAACCAGAUAUUUGAUAACUGUAUGUGAGGUGCGGGACUGAAGAUCGCAUCCGGUUCAACUCCUCGCAGAAGUUGUUGACCGAUUCGAUUGCUUCUAUUUUUCUUUUCUUUGAAUUUACAGACAGCGCAAAGCGUGUACUUGGAGUCUUGGACCUAUUGAGAUUCAAACCUCAGCAGCCAUUAAUGUUACACAGCGCAGAUCACAUCUUUCUUCAUAAAGUUCGAAGUGCAAAUCCUUGAUUCUCGUGAAAAAGACUUUUACUGUACUAUAUCUCUCAUCGUCUCAAUCUCCCCUCUUUUUAAGAUGAAAAGGAGAGGGAGAAAUCCCCAGCUCAAUCUCUUUUACUUUGUUUUCUUCUUUUCGUUCGUCUCGAGUGCAAGAACUCAGGGAGGGGGCGGAGGAGGGGCUAAUGGAAGAAUACAAUUUGAUGCGGGAGUGAUUUUAGAUUUAGGUUCAUGGAUAGGAAACAUAAGCUUGAGCUGUAUGAGAAUGGCGGUCGACGAUUUCUAUGCGGUGAACUCCGGUUACUCCACCAGAAUCUCUCUUCACAUCCGAGAUUCCGGCGGCGAUGCUUUCGGCGCCGCCUCCGCAGCGAUCGAUCUAUUGAACAAUGUUCAAGUGAAGGCUAUACUCGGUCCACAAAAAUCAUCACAAGCAAGUUUUGUAAUGGAGCUUGGGGACAGGGCACAUGUUCCUAUAAUUUCAUUUUCAGCAAAAAGCCCUUCCCUUUCAUCUACACAAAGCCCCUACUUCAUGAGAACUGCCUAUAAUGACUCCACUCAAGCAAAGGUUAUAGCUUCUAUUAUUCAAGAAUUUAAUUGGAGGGAAGUGGUUCCAGUGUACGUCGAUGAUGAGUAUGGCAAUGGAAUUAUGCCUUUCCUAAUAAAUGAAUUUCAACUUAUUGAUGUGAGAGUCCCAUACAGAAGCAGUAUUCCUCCAUCAGCCACUAAGAGUCAAAUUCUGAAAGAGCUUAGUAGGCUCAAGGAAAUGCAAACAAGGGUAUUUGUUGUGCACAUGACAUGUGAUCUUGGCUUGAAACUUUUUACAAUCGCCAAGGAGGAGGGAAUGUUGAAAGAAGGAUAUGUGUGGAUUACAACAUAUGGUUUGACUGAUAUAGUGAAUCUGAUGGGUUCACCUGCAGCUAAUGCCAUGCAAGGAGUUUUGGGUGUGAGGCCAUUUGUUAAUAUGACCAGUAAGCUUCGCGAUUUUAAUAAGAGAUGGAGGAAGAUAUUCCAUCAAGAAAAUCCUCAUGCCAUAAUUACUGAACCCAUAGUUUUUGGCUUGUGGGCAUAUGACACUGUAUGGUCAUUAGCUCUGGCAGCAGAGAAGGUUGGGAUGAAUAAUUUGACAUUCCAAGUGGCAGAUAUUUCCAAGAGUUCAAAUGAUAUAGCAAGCAUAGGUUCAUCAUCAGUUGGACCAAAGCUUCUUCAGUCCAUACAAAGUACUGAAUUCGACGGUAUGGCGGGGAAGUUUCAUUUAAUUGAUGGCCAGUUGGAGUCGCAGCUUUUUGAGAUAGUUAAUGUGGUGAAGAAUGGUAUGGUGAGAGUUGGGUUUUGGGCUCCUCAUAAUAUCUCAGGCUGGAAAAAUUCCAAAGAUAAGCUUGAUGCUGUCAUUUGGCCUGGUGAACCAGAGCGGGUGCCGAAAGGAUGGGAGUGGCCUACAGCAGGGAAGAAUCUCACAAUUGGUGUUCCUGUGAAGCCAGGUUUUCCUGAAUUUAUUCGUGUUGAUGUGGAUCCCCAUUCUAAAAAACAAGUUCCCAAGGGGUACUGCAUAGAUGUAUUUGAAGCUGUAAUGCAGAAUCUCUCUUAUGCUCCGUAUGAAUAUGAAUUUUUUGAAGAUAAGGAUGGAAAUAUGAAUGGGACCUAUGAUGAACUUGUUUACCAGGUUUAUCUUCAGAAAUACGAUGCUGUGGUGGGAGAUGUGACAAUUAUAGCCAAUCGAUCCUUAUACGUUGAUUUUACAUUGCCCUAUACGGAGUCAGGGGUGUCAAUGCUUGUUCCAAUCAAUGACAACAGCAAAAAGGAUGCAUGGGCCUUCCUAGACCCAUUGACCACUGAUCUUUGGAUAGCAAGUGGAGUCUUUUUCAUCUUUACAGGAUUUGUUGUUUGGGUUAUAGAACACCGGAUCAACAAGGACUUCAGAGGAGAACCUACAGAGCAGCUUGGCACUGUUUUAUACUUUUCCUUCUCUACUCUGGUCUUCGCACACAAGGAGAAGGUGCUGAGCAACUUAUCACGGAUUGUGGUAAUAGUGUGGCUUUUUGUGGUUCUUGUACUGCAAUCCAGCUACACGGCAAGUUUAAGCUCGAUGCUUACAGUGCAGCAACUUCAGCCAACUGUGACAAACCUGAAUGAACUCAUAAAAAAUGGAAACCAUGUUGGAUACUUAAACGAUUCUUUCAUGCCAUCUUUGUUAAAGCGGUUGAAUUUCAAAGAAUCCAAGCUCAUUGCUUACAACUCUCCAGAUGAGUAUCAUGAUGCUUUGGCUAAUGGAACUGUUGCAGCCAUAGUGGAUGAGAUACCUUACCUCAAGAUCUUCCUCAAUAAGUAUUGUGGAAAGUACACCAUGAUUGGACCUACUUAUAAGACUGAUGGGUUUGGUUUUGUGUUUCCCAAGAACUCUCCAUUAGUUUCAGAGGUUUCAAGUGGGAUCCUUAGAUUACUGGAAAGCAAAAAGAUGGGAGAUAUUGAGAAUAAUUUAUAUGGCAAUAGGAGCUGCCCAACCCAAGAAGAGACUGACACAAGCAGCCUUUCAUUUCGUAGCUUCUGGGGCCUGUUUCUUAUUACUGGAGUUGCAUCCAUGGCAUGCCUAGUUCUUUAUUUGACACAUUUUCUCUACAAACACAGAGAAUUCCUGCAAAGUUGGGUUCCUGAGGAAUCCUUUUGGCAAAAACUCGCCUUCUUGGCCAAACUCUAUGAUCAAAUGGUGCACCCAGAUGCAAACAAGACCGGCGAAGCGAAGGAAGAACAAAUGGAUGUCAUGACCAAUGCUGCUAUUAGUGGAUCACAAACCCCUUCAAGCAUCUCCAAUCACACAAUCGAAAAUUUUGAAUCUGAGGAAGAAAUAGAAGCUUCAUCAGAUGAAGAAACUGCAUCAGGAAGGGAAAUCAGCAGGCAAAAUCCAGAUCCACCAUCGUUUGCCGACAUGUUAACCGCAAGAGAUCAAAGUGAUCGUUGAACACAUUAUUUUUUUCCUGGAUUUGAUGAAAUGAUUCAGCAUUCAUAGCAGUUCAUCUGCUGACACAAGUGGAAGGUAUGAGUACUGAAGCAAAGGUACACAAAUGGAAGAUGAUAAGCCAAACAUACUAUUGAAAAGUUCAAUAGAUAUAUUUGUGCCAUAGUUGAUAGUUUACGUAUAUAUUUCAUUAAAAUAAAUUGAGGGUGGGAAUUUCUUUCCUUCAUUUGCAUGUAUAGUAUCUUUGGUGAUUAUGAUUCAUGUCUUUAUUAAGCAACUUGCUGUUGUUAAUUAACUGUUAAUAUUAAUGUUAUUGUGAUAUUAUCUGUUUCAGAAGUU